AUGGAUGUCGAACAGUCCGCUGGCAAGUUUGCCGCCGCGGGGGCUGCCGAGCAGAGCAAGAAGCACGACGACCCUCUUGCCGAGGACCGAUCCAUCGGCCAUGGAGAAAAUGACCUGCUGGGAGGAGAGCAUGUCGACGAGGUCCUGACGGCCAAGAUGAUUUUGAUCAAUGAUACCAUCGAUGAGAUCGGAUUCACACCCCAUCAUUGGAAGCUCUUUUGCCUCAAUGGCUUUGGAUACGCCGUCGACUCCUUGAUCCUCCUGAUCCAGUCCAUCAUCUCCGGUCAAGCUCAACUGGAGUUCCAACCGGGUUAUUCGACUGGUCUGACCAUUGCCGUCUAUGUGGGCAUGCUCGUGGGCGCCAUCUUCUGGGGGUUUUCCGCCGACAUUGUCGGACGCCGCUUCGCCUUUAAUGUGUCCCUGUUCAUCUCCUCCAUUUUCACCGUGGUGGCGGGAGCAUCCCCUUCCUGGGUCACCCUAGGCCUGUUUGUCUGCCUGAGUGCGUUCGGAGCGGGAGGGAACUUAGUGCUCGAUACCACCGUCUUUCUCGAGUACUUGCCGAGUAGAGACCAAUGGCUCCUGACGCUUAUGGCCGCCUGGUGGGGUUUGGGCCAGCUGAUCGCCGGUCUCUUUGCCUGGGGCUUCAUCCCAAAUUAUUCGUGCGCAGAUGCUGACAACUGCACCCGGGCAAACAACCAGGGGUGGCGUUACAUGUGGUACACCUCCGGGGCGUUUGUGUUCGUGCUCUCCAUCCUGCGAGUCACCAUCAUCCGACUGGAGGAAACCCCCAAGUUUCUCCUGGCCGAGGGCAAAGAUGAAGCUGCGGUCCGCGUCCUGCAGAACAUCGCGACUAAAUACAAACGGCCCUGCAGUCUUACACUCGCGCAGUUGCGAGCUUGCGGGACGACACGGGCCCGGGUCACCACGGCCGGCCUCUUGCAGCGCUUCAUCCCGACCAAGGACAUCGGGUCCCAUUUGCAGGGACUGUUUGCCACGCGGAAAAUGGGCUGGUCGACGACGCUGGUGUGGUUCUCGUGGCUCCUGAUCGGCCUGGCAUAUCCACUGUACAAUGUCUUCCUGCCCACAUACCUGGAGUCGCGAGGGGCCAGCUUCGGCGAAUCCAGUCCAUAUAUCACCUGGCGCAACUACGCCAUUAAUAACACAUGUUCAGUUCCUGGCCCCAUCCUGGCCGGUUUCAUGUGCCGCUCUCGCUGGUUCUGGGGUCGACGGGGAACCAUGGUCAUUGGCGCCUUGAUCACUAUGGUAUUCUUUUUUUGUUAUACACAAGUGCGCACGGCGAGCCAGAACUUGGGAUUUACAUGCGCUAUCUCCUUCUGCCUGAAUAUCUACUAUGGCACGCUUUAUGCUUAUACACCCGAGGUAUUUCCCUCGGCCCAUCGCGGAACGGGUAAUGGAGUGGCCAUCGGCCUGAAUCGAAUCAUGGGAAUUGUCAGUGCCGUGGUGGGAAAUGCCGCGAAUACAAAAACACCGGUUCCAAUUUUUAUUUGCGCCGCACUCUAUAUUGUGAUGGCGAUCGUGGCCGCAGCGUUGCCAUUUGAGCCAUAUGGUCGGCGUAGCAGCUGA